AUGUUUCUACUCUCUGAUAGUAACCUUUAUAUCGUAAAACACCGCUUCGUCGUCGCACGCGCAAUGCGACCACUGCGACGCUCGCCGCGAAAUCGCAGCGUCGGGUCGGCUGCCGGCCCGUCGCCGGCAAGCCCGCUGCUGGCGGCAGCAUGGCUCCUCGCAGCGUCCCUUCUGUGCACUACCGGCGCUCGCGCGCAGGCAAUCGCGGUGGACUCGGCCGACUGGACGACGCUGGUGGCGCUAAGGGAUGGCAUGUCGUUCCUGGUGCCGUCGAGGAGCCCCAAGGUGUAUUGGACCGCCCCUGAUAGUUGCGACAGCCUGUUUGGCAUCAUGUGCGACGGGGACGGCAACGUCAUCUCGCUGGUGAUGUCAGGAGCCAAUGGGCCGCUGCCAGGUGUCGUCGGGGAUUUCCCCUACCUCUAUUCGCUUUCCAUCACAGGAAAUCUCACCUCCCUGCCUGCUGAGCUCAGCAAGCUGACCCUGCUCACCGUACUUCAGCUGUCCCGCAACAACCUCACCGGCACAUUCCCCGCGCCCAUCCUCGGCCUCAAGAAGCUCCGAUCGCUCAACCUGGAGCUGAACCAGCUGACUGGCAGCCUUCCCUCCGGCAUAUCUGCGCUCUCCUCUCUCAGUGACUUGCGACUGGACUCCAACCAAUUCUCCGGUUCGAUCCCCUCAACCAUUGGCAAACUCACCAACCUCACUCUCCUGUCGCUCUCGUCCAAUCAGUUAACAGGCGCCAUUCCUCCUGCCAUUUCGACCCUCAAAUCACUGAGAACCCUGAACAUGCAGCGCAACAAGCUAACAGGCUCCAUCCCCUCGCAAACCAGCACCCUCACCCGCCUGCAACGCCUGUACCUCAAUCGCAACACCCUCUCAGGCUCCCUCCCUGCAACACUCAAGUCUCUCACUGCCCUGCGCAUGCUUCUCUUUGAUUACAACACCAUCUCCGGCUCGCUCCCUGCCUCCAUAGGCGCCCUGCCCUCGCUCGUCUACCUGUACACUCUAAUUCCUCGUCUUAUCCAUCCUCUAAUCCAUCCUCUAUUCCAUCUGACUCGCUUUUUAUUCUUCUCACAAGUGACUCAGUUCCCCCCCUCCCCACUCUCCCGCCCUCGCUCAUCUACCUGUGUGUUUGGCUCGUCCAUCCAUGCCUACCCCCCCCCCUCCCGCCCCGUUUCUAGUCACCUCUGUUCUGAGAAGUCUCGAAACAAACCCUUUUUCCAUGUCAUCUUUGCUCUUCUGUCCUUAUGCUCUGCCUAUGCACCUCCCUUCACUCCCUUGUCCACAUUCUCUCCUACGCCUGCCUGCCAUGCAUCAUCUCACUCCCUCGCUUCCACUGGUCCAUUCCCACUCUCCCCCAUCAUCACCAUCAUCGUCACCAUCACCAUCACCACCACCAUCACCACCACCACCACCACCACCAUCACCAUCACCAUCAUCAUCACCAUCACCAUCAUCAUCACCAUCACCAUCACCAUCAUCAUCACCAUCACCAUCACCAUCAAGAGCGGCAGCAACAACAAGCUGACUCCUCCCUCUAUCGCAACAGCAUCACCUGCUCGCUCCCCCUUCGGCUGUCACACCUCUCCUACCUCUUCGCUGCUCACACUCCUCUCCCUUCCAUCUUUCCUCUUUCUUCCAUAUUCCUCUCCUUGUCCCCGAUCUCCUUCUCCCAUAUCCCUCCCUCCUCCAUCCCCCCUCCUCCCCAUCUCCCACUCACCCAUCCUCCCCUGUUCCCUCUACCGCAACAACAUCACUAGCUCUCUCCCAGUGGGGCUGUCUCAGCUCUCAUACCUCUUCCCCCCACACACUCCUGUCCUUGCAAUCUUGCGACUUAAUUUCCCCUUCCCCACACCCCCACCCCCCCAGCUCCCUCUAUCGCAACAACAUCACCGGCUCACUCCCUGUGGGGUUGUCCUAUCACUUCUCCCCACACGCUCCUCUUCCUUCCUUCCAUCUGCCCGCUCCCUCUAUCGCAACAACAUCACAGGCUCGCUCCCUGUGGGGCUGUCUCAGCUCUCAUACCUCUUUGACAUUGAUUUGUCUUACAACAAGCUGACGGGCACCAUUCCCGCCUUCUGCAACACUGACAUGGCAGACCUCUCCAUUCUGAACCUCUCCAACAAUCUCCUCACAGGCUCCCUCCCAGCCUCCCUCUCGCUCUGCGCCUCCAUCUACUCCCUGGACGUGAGUGGAAACUACUUCAACAACAACCCCGCCGCUCUCAUCACCAGCAUGGCCUCGCUCGCCUAUCUCAACCUAUCGCGCAACUACCUCACGGGCCCCCUCCCAUCGCUCCCCUCCGCCUCUGCAGUCCUCUCUCUCGACCUCUCCUCCAAUUAUUUCUUCUUCGGCCGUGGCAACGCAUACGACGCCGCCAGCAACCCCAUUUGCCCCUCCGAGACCAUCCCUGUCAACACCACCAACAACUGCCUCUCCUACCUCGCCUCCCCACCUUGCACCGACCCUAGCUACCCUCCGGACCAGCCGCAGCGAUCCGUGGCUCAGUGCCAAGCCUUCUGCCGGACCAACUUCUCAGGUUCGGACAGUGCGGCUGUGAACGAACAGUGCGGACGGCUUGACAUGCAUUCGAAAGCCGGGCCCCCCUCCUCCCUCUCCUCCUCCCCAGCCUCCUUCCCCCCCACCUCCUCCCCCCUCUCCGCCUCCCAACCCGCCUCCUCCUCCUCCUCCCUCUCCGCCCCCUCCCUCGCCACCACCCCCGGCGGCAUGGCAAGUGACGCGAGUGGCAAGUGA